GUCUGGGUACAUUAAUAUGCAGUAUAUUAUCUGAUCUCACCUAAUACAGCGUUCCAUAGUCCAUAUUUACUACCUGAGAGUUGCAAACAAGGGCGUCCACACUUUGAUGAGGCCGCAGGAAAUUCAAUACUCAGUAUUGUGGUGAUGUUGAGGCGGGACUCGGAUGUUUGUGUUCUCACGGUCCUUUGUCUUUGCGUAUGAUAUUGACUUUAGUCGUCGACUAUGGGAGCGCCGGGUCUAUUCUUAUGUGGGAGUCACAGUAUCAUGCCUUGGGCAAGUUAAGCCAAUCUGCCGGGACAGGCGCCCACUAGUGUCGUACUCUCUGAUCAUCACCACUACGCAUCGCAAUGACAGGCCCUAGGAAGAACAAGGGAAGGGGCAAGGGGAGUGGCAGGAAGAAGAUACCCAAUGUCUCAUCCAGCCAGUCAAAGGAUAUAGAAAUCCUAUGUUCAACCUUGGAGGAGGACGAAACGACGCGUUGCGACCAGCCACCGACAGAAGGCUUCGAGCGUUGUGAGGUCCACCAGGCCCAGUACCGUACAAUGUAUAAGAAGUACAAGGAUGCUUCCAAGGUUGUUGACGAUAUCGAAUCUGGAACACUGGAGCUCCCGACGAAGGAGCAAAUUCAAUGUUACACUGAUUUGCAUUUGACACUCAACAAGGCCCGUUUGGUGCGCAAAUAUCUCGAAAGCAUUCGAGUGGAGAGGACUGGCAGGGGUAUACACCAAAGACGCUUCUUCUUGAAAAUCGAUGAUGGACACAAGGAUCGUUUGAAAUUUCUCGAGAAAAAAAUGAGGAAAGCAGUUGACAUCCUCAGCAAUCUUCAAGCCCGGGCGUUGAGUCUCCACAUUGCCAAUAAUCCUGGUUCCGAGUGGAUAAAACCGGUUCAAUCACCAAACGACUUCGAUGAUGAACCGAUUUCCACGGAGAGAAUCAUUGAAGCGGCUCAACGAACCCUUCCCAACGAUCGAAAGAACUCUACAUGUCCGCUUUUCGCUACUAAAAAGUCUAUGGGAUCCUCUGCGUUAGCGGAUGAGGACCUAAUUGAUCUUGAGCACCGAGCACAAAAAACUCAGAUACUGCAUACCAUUUUUGAAAUGAUCACGGACCCUAAUCUUUUCACACACCUUCGUCAUGAAGCAUAUCCAGACGACUCUGAUCCAACUUUUGAGCCUGACCCAACUGUCCUACAUAACGUUUUCCAACAAUAUGCACGACGGAUCAUGUUUCACGAUUCAGACUUUUUCUUCAAAACCUUCGACAAGGUCUCCUUCCAGGAUCUCAUGCUGGACGAUGACUUCUCGAUUGAGGAUGCAUUCAAAUUCCUGUUCCUGUUCGAAAGAAAUAAAUUAGGUUUUGGAUUGACGUGGUUCAAAGAUGCAGUGCUUGAUGCCCUUAUGAUGUCGAAGGGGGGUGACGUCGCUAAUUUUGGUAGUCUGACCGGCACAAGGUGCUUGGGGGAUGGAUAUACAGCCGUACCCACAUACGCACCAUCUCUCAUGAAGCUUGGUGGGCAAUAUCUGUUGGAGAUUUUGCAGCCACCCGCCGAUGUGGAGAACCGGUUUGUCCGUUUAUGCAAUAACUUCGAUGACAUGGUCAAUCUCCUGUCUUUUGGAGCGAUUGGCAUGUUACCACCUUCAACAUUCUGUAGCAGACAGUACGAUGGGGUUGAUGCGAUUGUGCCCAGGAAACAUCUUUCUCUCUCUGGGGUGGUUUUCACCGACAUGGUGUCAGGCCCGAUGCCCCCGCACAUGACUGGUCCUAUACCAACCACGCGUCGAGCCAAGAGGCCGGGAUGUAUCGUCUGGUGUGAGAUAGAGGCGAGGGGAUAUAUGUUUGGCGCCCUCAGAAACGAGCCCGAUCCAUUUAAUGAUGCUUUUCUACGAGAGCUUCGCGCACGACCCGACCUCUUCCAGGUAGUAACACGUUCUGAGACGGACCCCGGGCGCGACGUCGAAGUUUUCCCCACAGACGCCUUACCAAUGAUGCGAUCUCGGGAAUUUGAAGCUCCCCCAGCGCUCUCUGCAAAUCGGCCAACAGGCUCUGGCAAGUGGACGGUCUCAAGAUCUGCGGUCGAUGUACUGUAUGGCACUCAUUGUGAGAUGCCAGGCGUACGAAAUCACCCAUUCCUCGGAUAUCUUCAAAUAUUGAAAAGUGGAAAAAAUAAAGGCUGGUUCUUCCGCUUCAAGAACUUCCCAGUGAAGUACAUCGUGAUCCUGGAUGCCGUUCCGAAUCGGCAUCAUUCAGUCUUGGCUAUGAAUGUCGCAUGGGCAGCACUUCGUGCGCAGGGGUAUGGUGAUGGCGAAUAUGAGUUAUUGAAGUAUGCAAGAGCUUCCGACAAGCUUUUUCAGAAGCGAGCAGAAGAGCUUCUCGCAUGGACGCCAAAUAACUGGCGCUGGCAGGUUAAUAAGAUUGUGGAUGAUGCUGGCGAUAGUACAGAUAGACCAGAAGUGAUAGAAGAAGGUGAAUGGGCAGGAGCACAAGCAUUUCGCCGUGGUAUUGUAUUGAAAUGUGCCAAUGGAGAGUUAUACAGGGUAUUUCCAAUCGUCAUCAUGUACUCAGUUGAUCAUCCUGAACGGUGCGUUCUAUAUUUAAAGAUGGGUGAUUUACUCGACGAGUUUCGGGUUUCAAUAAUUACCGCCACUAAGAACAUGAGGAGUGGGAAAGGCGAAGGAGCGGGCGAUCCAAGUGGAGGUCAAGGAUCGGAAGAUGAUGAAGGUGAAAGUGAGAUUGACAGUGAGGGAGCAGCAGGGGGUGAUGAAACUGAAGAUGAAGAAACGAGAGGGGAUGGUCAAGGUGUAGAUGUAAGAGGUGGAGGGAAUGUAAAUGAAACGAAGCGAAGUGAAGAAGGAGAGGGGAAAGAAUCGGAAAGUACACAAGAAGGAAAACAAAGUGAAAAGGGAUGGGCAUGUAUUGUGAGCUGA